GUCCGGACCUGUAAUUGCAAUUCUCUCCCUCCAUAUUGAUACUCUUUCUGCUGCAGAAAACAUUGACCAGAAACUACAAGCUAGUGCACCAGUAAAUAAUUAACGCAUAAACGGUAAAUGAAAGAAAAUUGCCAGAGAGCUUUUCUAGUGAGCUAUGGAUGAAAGCGAAGAUGGGCCAAAAGAUUUUAUCAAGCUCAAGUCUGAAAAGCUCUCUGUAGAUGAAGUGUCAGAGCUGGUCAUCUCACCAUGCUGUGGGGCAGUGUCUCUGUUCAUUGGUACUACAAGAAAUAAUUUUGAAGGGAAAAAAGUGAUUCACUUAGAAUAUGAAGCAUAUAUGUCAAUGGCAGAGACUGAAAUAAAGAAAAUCUGCAGAGGUGUUAGACAGAAAUGGCCAUCAGUCAAACAUAUUGCAGUGCACCACAGACUUGGUGUGGUUCCAAUAACUGAAGCAAGUGUAAUUAUUGCAGUCUCCUCUCCACAUAGAGCAGAAUCCCUUGAAGCUGUAAUGUACUGCAUCAAUACCUUAAAAGCAUCCGUCCCAAUAUGGAAAAAGGCAUUGGAUGUUUCCCUGAAUACAAAUAGGUCUGUUGAGAGGUUCUUCACAAGAAAUUGUGUGAUCCAUGAGGAAACAAUGUAAAAAAAUAGUACUGAACCAUUUCUUAUUUCUGCAUUAAGCUAGAUCAAUCAAUAACUGCCUGUGUACAUAUUUAACUGAUUUUUCCAUUGCCUAUGAAUUGCUCCACAUUCUCACAGAUUUGAGUCACUAACUUGCAUUUUGGUCUUCAGUGGCCUUGGUUAUCUGUAUGGAUAAAGCAGGCUGGUAAAUCCUGUAAAAAUAAAUCUAAACUCCAUAUUGCAAAUGGAAUAGUGUUCCUCUAGAACACUCCUUCUAGAUAGGCCAAGAGAACAAUGUAUCUUUAUAUUUCAACAGCACCAUAGCACUAAUGUAUUCUUCACGUACUGUUUAUGUUUGCAUAUGGUAGAUGGAAACCUUGGAAGAAGAAUUCUACACUAAUAAAGCAGUUAUUUGGAGACAUUUUUGAGAUUAGCUCUGUCCAUAUGACAGCCAUUCCAAAUGCAAAAAAAUACUCCCCAUUCUUUUACAGAUGAGGUUAAGGAUAUUUGCUGGAGACCUGUGCCAAACAUCUGUCUACAAAUAUCAAACUAAACACACUUACAGAAGUAAGACUACAAAUCAGAUUUAUGAAAAUGUUUCCCAGAACUCACUUAUGUACAACAAUUAAUUCUGUUUCAGAAAGAAGUCCAAAUUUUGAUCUUUCCAUGAAUAGGAAGCUAAGAGAAUUUCAGAAGUUUCUGAAUUUUGCUGAUACGAGCUAUCUGAAAUCUAAAAAUUCUAAAUCUGGUUUAUAUAGUAGUUGGCUAUAUAUAAAAUAUUUUAGUAACUUAAGGGAGCUUGUUUAUAGCCAAAAGGAUACAUUACUUCAAUGUAAUCAAAUGUCGUCAGAGUCUGUAAUUUGCCAUGUACUCCUAAAGGACACUGUAAAUUAAAUAUCACUUUAAACCAGUAAAAUAUAAAGAACUUGAAAAAAUAUAUUUAUCUAUCACUUACGGUUACAGUAUUCUCUCCAAUUACAAAUAAGUCAGGGUUAUGUGUAUUGACUGUUGCCUCUGCAGAGAGCUGUAAUGUCUGGAAAGUUAACUGAAAGAGAAAAUUAUAAAAAAUGUAAAGCUGUAUUACAGGGUAAAUCAAUUAGAAUGCAGACAUCCUAAAAUAAUUCUCUAGCUUUAAGUGAAGACUUCAGAAUAAAAAAAAAAUAAAAUAAA